UUUAAAAAUUUAAAUAAGUUUUGAUUAAUAUUUUCAGGAGACCGUGCCGAGCUGAUAAACGUAGAAAAGGGUCCAGGAGGUCGUGAUAGUAUGGUCCUGAGACCCAGGACGGUUGGUGCACUAGACAUGGGUGGAGCAAGUAUGCAGAUUGCCCUUGAGAUAACCACUAAUCUACAGCUGGAAGAAAUGCAAGAAAAGGACAAAAAUCAGAUUGUGGAAAUAAACUUGGGAUGUACUGAUCAUGAUGUUGAGCACACUUACAGGGUGUUUGUAUCUACCUAUCUUGGGUUCGGAGCAAACCAAGCUAAGGAGAGACAUGAGAGAACCUUGUUUCUAGACGCUGUUCUUAAAGAUGUCACUGAAGGCCGGACAGAGAAAAAACGAAUCAAGGAUCCUUGUCGACCUUUGGGAAUGAUGGAUAAUAUUACACUUUCAUUAGAUUUGGAAAAUUACAACUUGACAGCUGAGCUUAAAUCAAGAUUGGAGGAACAUCCAAAUAUUUAUUUUUACGGAACAGGAGACUGGGAAUCAUGUUAUGCAGCAUUAGAGAACUUUACUAAAAUGGGAGAACAAUUUCUUUCUUGUUCACAA